CCGGGCCUGCCGUGGGGCUGCCACCGGGCCUGCCGUGGGGCUGCCACCGGGCCUGCCGUGGGGCUGCCACCGGGCCUGCCGUGUGCCCCGUGACACUUGUGGCCCAAGUUACCACAGGUCUUGGGGCUGGGAGGAUGAGGGAACCUGAUGCCAUAAGCUGCUGUGAUGCUUGUCGUCAUAGGCCAAAUAAAAAGCUAUGCUCCAUUGAAAACUACAAACAUCAUAAUUCAAGCGAGUUUGAUGGUAGGAUGAAAAGAAGGCGGCGCCGAAGAUGUGCAGAUAUGUGUUGGUGUGGACAUCAGACCAGGGAGGAGAUUGCAUUGGAUGUGAGAAUGGACUUCCAAGAUACGUCUUGAACAUUUCCUCCAUUCACAAUUAAGCUUGCUAAGAUAUGUGGUAGUCAGAAGAUAUAAUCAAAAUCAACUUUAAAAUCCCCCAUCAAGUUACAAGAGGAAAGUAGCCAUGGAUCAACUUAGCGGGCAAUCUAUAUCUCAGGCAACAGUUCAGCCAACUGUUUGGUAUAACUAUAGUAGUUACAAUGACUUAAUUGUCAACCAUCCAGUUCAAGUACAGGUGGCUGUGCCUACAGUUCAGAUGGUUGCUGCACCAUCGCAGACUCCCACACCUGCUCCCACUCCAGUUCAGACUCCUCUACCACAAGAUCCAUUAGCUCUGACUGUCACUAUGAUUCCAGCAAAGUCCAAAAAAUCCAAAAAACCUCAUCCUGAAAAUCAAGAGCGAAAUUUUCAUUGUGAACAGUGUGGGUCUUCAUUUACCAACAGUUCUAAUCUUCGAAGUCAUAUGCGCAUCCAUUCUGGUGUUAGACCCUAUGUGUGUGUAGAAUGUGGAAAAUCAUUCAUUCAAAGUUCGAAUUUAAAGGCGCAUAAGCGUGUACAUACAGGUGAACGGCCUUAUCAGUGCUCAGAAUGUGGCCAGACAUUUUCUAGAUCUUCUCAUCUGGUAGGUCAUAAACGCACUCACACAGGAGAAAGACCAUACAUCUGUGGUAUCUGUGGAGAAGCAUUUUUCACUUCAUCACAUUUAAGAAAUCAUGUGCGACGCCACACUGGAGAAAAACCAUAUGUGUGCCAAUUUUGUGGAGAUUCAUUUGGACAGAGUGUUGAGCUCAGAGUUCACAUCCGACAUCACACAGGAGAGAAACCCUUUAAUUGUCGUGAAUGUAAUACAGCAUUUGUAUCUGCUCGUGACCUUAAGGCACAUCGUAAAGUUCAUCAUUUGGGAUCUAAACCAUUCAAAUGUGAGCAAUGUGAAAGAUGUUUUCGUACACCUACAUUUUUAAAUAAACAUCAGGUACGCUGUAAAGGACCAAGACCCAAGCGGCCCAAAGGAAGGCCUCGAAAAUACCCAAGAAUAGAUGGAGAAGAACCUCCCUGGAAAAAGCCUAAAAAGCGGAAGAACAAAAGGCCAGCUGCUCCAACUGACAGAGUGUCUCGCUCUAGAACUCGAGCAAUUAGAAAUGCACAAUUAAAGCAGGAAGAAGAAGAAGAACAGCAGGAAGAAACAGAGAUAGAAAAUACCAUUGAUAUGCAAGAACAAGAACAAGUGGAAGUGGAAGUGCAUUUACAUGAAACUUCUCAUAUGAAGCGUGAAGGGCUGGUGUCAGAAGAGCACAUCACACAACUUCCUAUGGUUCCUAUGGUACAAGUAAUGUUAGAGAAUCUGGGGCAUGGAGUAGAUGGUCUGGAUCACACACAUCCACAAACUUUAGUGAUUCAAUCAGCGUCAUCUGCAGUACAUGCACUCCAUGGUUUAUCAGAACAAAGCCAGCAGCAAAUUGGAGUAAUAGAUCUUUCUGGUCAGCAUUUACAUCAAGAUGACCAGGUUGAUUCUGUUCACCAAAGCCUAACCAUGGUUUCAGCUCAUCAACCUUUGUCAACAAUAACAGGUGGCCAUCAGCAGCUUCCGGUGAUCACUGCUCAUGAAGCUGUUACUGCACACCAGCAAUUAGCAACUGUUACAGCUCAUCAACAGAUGCCAACUGUGACAGCACAUCAACAAGUACAAGCUUUAACAGCACAUAAGCAAUUGGCUGCUGUAACUACUCAUAAGCAAGUUCUUGGUGGCCAUCUGUUACCAGCAGUGACUGCGCAUCAACAAACAGUUAAUGCCCAUCAGCAAUUGACAAUAACAGCUCACCAGCAAACAGUGAAUGCCCAUCACCAGUUGCCAGUAGUAUCUGCUCAUCAACAGGUUAUUGGCAACCAUCAGCAGUUGCCUGUUGUUACAGCUCAUCAACAGGCUGUAAGCGCCCAUCAACAGAUUGUUGUUUCUGCCCAUCAGCCUGUUCCAGUUGUAGCAGCUCAUCAACAGGGCUUAGUUGUCUCAGCCCAUCACCAAGUGCCUGCUGUGUCUGCACCUAAGCAGAGUGUUGAUGGUACAAGUGAUAGCUCCCAGGUGAUGUAUGGGUCAGGACAGCCAUUUGUGGUAGAUCUCUCCAGCCCAGCUCUUACCACACAAGUUCCCAUCAUCAACCAGGCUGUUACUACUACUCAUUACACCAGACCAUAGUAUAUUCUUGUUUAAAAAAAAAAUGAAAUUUUAAUUAGUUUUAAUGAUUGACAGUGUGAAAGUAAAAUGGGUAAAUUGAUUACUUGUCUGAAUCACAUCGGCUCAAGUGAAAAACUUGUUUAGUUGUAGGGUGAACUAUAUUCAAACAAUGGGUAGAAGAGAAGCCAUACUCCUCUGUAAACCUGGGGCCUUUGUAUACCCAACACAUGACUUGUGGUCAUGUGGUAAUUUAGAAUGCUAGAACUUGAUAUGUGUAUAUACAGUGGCUCACAUUUUUGUAACCAUUCUCACAUUGGUGUUUUUUGCAUUUGUAAGUCCACAUCAUAUGUGGUAAAAGCUAUAAAUAUGUCUCCAUUAGAUUUAAUAUAGCAAUUUGGGACACUUGACAAAUGUAGCUAGUAUGCAUUUCUAACAUAUUGUUAUUAUCUGAUAUUUCAAACUUAUAAAAGUUUUAAAUAUUUGCAAGCAUAAGAAGACAAUUGAAGUGAUUGCAAAUAGUUUUGUAACAAGUAAGAGCAUCAACUCUAAGUUAGUUUUUAUUAUAAUUUAAGGUCAUAUGUCAGGACUUUGUUCCUACUUUGAGUGAUGAGCUAAAAGGAAUUGUGUACAUUUUCCUUUGGACGAUACAGAAAGUUCAUAUUGCUCAUCAGUGCAGCACUGAAUUCAGUUGUAGACAGAUCUUGUGAAAGUUGUAAUGUUUUGCAAAAAGGAGAAAAGUUAGUUAAAUUAUAAUUUUAAAUUUUUCCUGUUUAAUAUUGUAUGGUUGUACAGUAUAAUUGAUAGAUUUGUAAUAUGAUUUUGAUAGGUGGGGGUAAUCAGGGAAAGUAUUGAUGCAUUUUCGGAAAUAUUUGAAAUCCUACAUUAACUAAGUGAACAUCAUGUAUUCUGUAUCAGGAUAUUUUUUUCCGUAACUAAAGGGUUUCACUGGAACUUAAUGCCAGGCUCUAAUAUAUCCCAGUCUCCUGAUUUGCUACAAAAGCAGCACACAUGCAUGCACAUUCCCAUACCUGAAAAAAAUGCAGUAAAAAUGUACAGACAGUUUUUGAAUGGUAAGAUUCUUCAUAAUGAAUCAUAUUGGAUUUUGCAAUAGAAUCUCAGAUCUUGCAAGAAUGAGAGGCCUUGGCUGAAUGCAUGUCCCUGGACCUGAAGAAGGCCUUUGACAGUACUGUACCACACAAAGAGACUACUGACUUGGAUGAAAAUGUUUCUGAUGAACAGAAAAUUGAGAGCAGUGAAUCACAAUGGAGAAAUGUCACUAGCAAUACAAGUCACAAGGUUCAGUUCUUACGGUAGUAAAGUUCAUUGUCUAAGUGGAUGACCUAUCAGAAGUUAUUCAGAGUUGCACGAGUAUGUUUACAGAUAAAGCAAAAUUACUUGGAAGAGUCGAAGACUUGAAUGUCUGCCUUGCCCUUCAUAAUAACUUAAACAAAAAACUGAUCUAGGCAAAAUAAUGAAUAGAGCAAUAAAUGACAGAUGGAAUUUAAUAUUGAUAAUUGUCAUGUAAUGAAAUGUGGAAUAGAAAGAAAACAGACCCAUAUGUAAUAGAAGUUAAGUGAAGACAUUAAAGAGCAUGGACAAAGAUCUAGGGAUGGUUCUGGAUAGUAAACUUUCACUUGAGGACCCCGUCAAAGGCACUGCGAGAGGAGCCAACUCCACACUUAAAAAUUAUAAAUUGCUUUUAAAUACAAGGAUAUAGAGACGCUAACAGUAUUCACAACAUUGGUGAGACUGAAGGUGUAGUAUUUGACAGAUGUAUGGUGUCCAUAUCUAUAAAAACAAAAAAGGUGCAAACAUUCUACCAAGUGGCUUCCAGGCAUUGGGGACAGUAGCACUAAGGAAAGACUGGAGGCAUUAACAUUUAGUAUCAUUCAACACUAGACCUCUAGUAAUCAUUUGCAAUAUUGGGAAAACUGAAAACGUUGGUUAAAACAUUACCCUGUUUAGUACAUCAUCCAUCCAUCUACUGGAACCCAUGCUAGGAACAAUUAAUGCCAUGCAAAAUUGCAAGGACUUUAUAGACCUGAAAUAUUUUGGUGAUGAUGAGGAAUCUUGCAAAUAGUUACCUUUGAAAUUAUUCCUCAGAAUAUGACAUUGCUUCUUUACCUCACUAUGGCCAAAUUAAGUAAAACUAUUACUUCCUAGAUUGUUUUUUCUUUUAUGUGCAUCAGAAUGCCUAACUAAUUUGAGGGUGUUUAAAAUGCAAAUAAUAGUAGAUAGGAAAAAGAAGAAAUAUAAUCAUACCUUGAGGUUACCUUGAGGUGCUUCCGGGGCUUAGCGUCCCUGCGGCCCGGUCGUCGACCAGGCCUCCUGGUUGCUGGACAAUCAUGUACAAAAUUGUGACAGGGAUCAAUGAAGUUGACAGAGAAAUUGUAAAACCUGCAACAUCUAAAACAAGAAGGCAACAAACUUGAGCUUAGAAAGCAAAGGUGUCAAAAAUAUGUCCAAAAGUUCUUUUUUGCAAACAGUUGUAAAUGAUAGGAAUAAUUUAAGUGAGAAAGUGUUGGAUGCCAAAACCAUCAGUAGUUUCCAGAGUCAUAUAAGAUGAUAGGGAAGAUGGGACACCAUGCGUAUCUCUCUCAUCCUGUAACUAUACUUGGGUAAUUACACACACACUUGCACUUUCUCUAUCUCACAAACACGCACGCACGCUCAUUAGUUUUCCUUCCCCUUUAAAUAGUCUUCCUGGCAUGGUGCCUUCUUUUGAUAAUUACUUCCCCUCUCCUCCACUUCCUGCCAAAAUAAAAAAAAUAUAUAUAUAAUACAGUAUAUAUAUUAUCUUCAAUUAUCAUAAAUAUAGAAGUGUAUUUUUCUAUUAUCAAUUGACAUAUCACGCAAGCCAAAACAUUUUGCUUAAAUAAGGUUGGAAAGUUUUCAAAAUCAUUAAUAUAUAUAAUGUAUCCUCAAGAUAGUUGUUAUGAGAUCUUGCAGUAGCAAGAAUAUAAGGGCUGAGGUAAAUCAAGAAAACACAAAAUGUUAUUGUUAGUAUCAUUCAAAAAUUCUUUGAUUUACAAUGGCAGUUGCAGCAGAGAUAUACAGUAUGUAUGUAUAUUGUAUAUUUUGUUAGCCUAGAUGUUCAGUGUUGGGCUUUAUAUUAAUUUUGCAUUUAAAAUAUAAAGCACCACCACAGCAAACUUUCUACCAGAUAUUUAAGCAGUGUUGCUUGUUUACAGUUGUCUGAGUGUUUUGAUUUGCCCAUUUUAACCUACCUCUAAAGACAGCCAGAAUGUUUUAUUCCUGUUAUAACCCAUACUUUUGUGUCCGCUCUGUAAUCCAGGAUGGAGAGUUGUAAGUAAUUAUACUGACACAUUACAAAAGUAUAGAUAUUUUAUGUAACUUGCAUAAGUUAUGUUAAAUAUUAUGAUGACUAGUCUAUGGAUUACAUAAAAAAACAUUGUCAGUAGGUCAUGUUAUUUCAGAAUCUCUUUUAUACCAUAUGGGUGCAAACUUUUUGAAUUCAUCAAAUGGAGAGAAAGAGAGGACCUUCAAAAACAAAGUGCCUCAUGUUUCAUAUAUUACCCAUCAGUGGUACAGUGAUAUUAUUAUACAGUGGAACCUCGAGUGACGAGCGGCUCCAAUUACGAGCAUUUCGAGUAACAAGCAAGCUACUCGCAGAAAAUACUGUAUGUCUUGGCUGACGAGCUUUCGCUCGCAUAACGAGCGUUCCCGCUGGUUCUCAGACACCUCCGACAACAGUUUUGUUGUUGUUUCGCAAGAUGAAUUUUCCACAUGACGAGCUCGGUGCUGGAACGGAUUAAACUCGUUAAUCGACGCGCCACUGUAUAUAUUAAUUGACGUGUGUGUACAUUUUAACUGCAUUGAACUUGUAGAUCCUAUGCACUAACAUCCUGGUGGGAGUCAAAUAAUGCAUCAUACAUAUUUAAUAUUAAGUGCAUUGUUGGUUCUAGCAUAAAGAAUGGCCAAAAUGUUGUACAGAGUUUGAUAAUAAUUGUUGUGAUUUAACACAACUGCUAUUUGGCUGGCUAUUUUCAGUGCUAAGUACCCCAAUUUACAGCAUUGGUUGACACCCACAGAUUAAGGUUUGUCAUCAUGAUUUGCAUUUUCCCACUUUGAAAAUAAAUAUUGGAUAUAUUAAAAGAUGUAAUACUUUUGCACAAAUGAAAAUUUAGAAAGUGAGUGGUGUUGAAAUGUUAGGAAAUAAGAUGGAAAAUUUCUAGUAUUGAACAUGCAUUAUUCAUAAAGAACAAACUGCUGAGUAAUGUGCUUGUUGUACCCUUCAAACACAAUAUAAUUCUUAUUACAGCUAAACAAAUUUGCAUUUCCCAUCAGCUACAAUAGGAGAUCAGUAAGCAUAAAUCUCUCCCUUCUAAGCUUAAAACCUGUUUUCUAUAGUCGUAUACAGGUAAUUUAUUGAAGAGCAACACCUGCAGCACUUUCCAGAGCUGGGACCAUCAUCUUGCUUAAGUAGAGUUGAAGGGGUUUUGGUGAUGAGAUUAAUUGUCUGAAAUUUAUCCUGCAUUGUUUUACACUUCAGAUAUCUGCAUACUGUAUCACUAUAGUUUCAUUCACAUGAAAAUUAUUUUGUUCACUUUUGUAAGUUUAGGGUUAUUUGAUUUGCAAUACUGUAAGUGCAUUAAUUUAUUGGGUUGGAAAGGAGAACACUUUCUAUGAUCGCUAAUCUGAAUAAUAUGGGACCCCCCCCCUAUUGUGAGUCAGCCAACUUUUUUACUGGGAAAGUCCAAAAUUGAACAUUCAUAAUUUUUGUACUACAACCAAUGUAAAUUAUAUUUCCACAUGCAAUAAACAAAUUUACAUGGUUAAGAGAGGAUCUUCAUUUAUAUAAUGAAGAUUUAUAUAAUAUAUAAGAUAUAUUAUAUAAAUAAAGUACUCAAAUAAUUUACUGUAUUGACAGUAACAAAAAUUUCAAAUUGCUGGUCAGUUUUUUUAAUUUUUCAUGAAGGGCUUCAAAUGAUCAUAUAACACAACACUAAAAUUACUGUACUGUAUGUGAGCUUGUCAAGGUCAGUUUUGACAGCCAGCUCUUGAGGUCUAAAUAGUUGAAGGCCCUUACUCUUUUGGUGAGGCUUUGCUAAUUGAAGGGCCGUAUAUUAGUGACGGUACUUGCUCCUAUACCAAAAUUCUUGGCCACACUUGCAGCAGACUGGCCAUUUUCACAGGUCAAUCAGACGUAACUUAUCUUUAAUAGAGUAACAUUCUUCCUCUCAGCCGUGAUUGUCGCUGCUACCAGACAUGGCUUUGGCAAAAAUUAUCAAAGUUAUUAUUAGAACAAAGAAAGGAAAGAAAAUAAUUCACUAAGAGCAGCAUUACAGAAUCACACUAGGGAAGAGAGCACAUGGCUAGGUAGGUUGUCCAGGCUUGGACAGGUCUGCUUGGGGCAGUUACGUGGGCUGCCAUACAGAAAAAAAAAAUCCCUAUUUUAGCAGGGAAAUUGUACUUUAUAGCCUGUUCACGGUUUUUAUCCAUUAUUAUUUGUCCUAAUAUUAGAUAUUAUAUUUCUUUAUUUUAUUAGUGCAUUCUUUAUGUAAUUUGUAUUAUGAGUACAGUAUAGGUCACCACAUUUCGUUCAGGAGCUCGACGACAAAAUUACGGUAAAUAAAGUUGGCUUCGAGCUAAAGCACUCAAGCUCAAAUAUGUUCGGGUAUCUUGUCCAACAGAAAUCACGGUACAGUAGCCCUAAACAUCCUUUGUGAUAGUACUAAAAAAAAAUUAUUUGUGUUGCUGGACUGUGAAUUACCGGAAUUACCAUACUAUUACAGUACAGUACGUACUACUAAAGUUCUUUUUAUUCAAAAUUAUAUUUAAAUAUUGACAAUAGUGUAAAUUAAUGUGGUGUAUGAAAAUUAAUAUAUUACAAUGAAUCUUAUUAGGUUAAAGAAUUCUUUGUCAACUUUCUUGUUAAAAAAUUAUCAUAUUUGGCAUUUAUUUCUCAUAUGAAGCGAUGAAGCAUAGCCUACACAUAUGAGUGUGGCAGCGAGUGUUGGUAACUCUGCUGGAACAAGAUGCAGUACGAGUGCUCCUGCUCUCUCUCUUAUUUAACUUUACACAUAGCAAAUAUACUUGUCUAAGUUGAUUUGUCUUUCUCCUCUUGUUUCCUUCCAACUUUACACUAAUUUCCUUUCUUGAUAGAUUUUACAUCAUGGUUGCCAUACCUUGUUACACUAUGCAAACAACUUGCAUAUUGUGAAAUAAAAAAUAUAUUACUCUUU